GCAGACAUCAACUUAUGAAACCGCGAGACACAGACGCCAGAGAACAAGAGAGUAUUAGGGAAAGCGGGGGCGUAUUAUCGUUUGAAGAGAAGAGUAACCCUAAUCCCUAUCAACUUAAUUUGGUUUUUCGCAAAAACAAUCACCAACAAUCAGUAACGGCAAACAAUAAGCGGUUAGCGUGUAGUGUGCGUGGGUAUGUGUAUGUGAGUGCGUGUGUCUGUAUGUGGCCUACACUAGCCAUAGCAGCAUGUCCACGGAAGACACGGUAUCUCUCUCUGGUCAUAUAGAUUUACCCCGUUCGAGGAUACUAAGCACAGGACAGCAAAGCAUAAAAAAACCCAACAGGUAACAGGAAGGCUCACGACAAGCACGUGGGCAACUGCAGAUAUGUCAAAGGCUGAACCUCCACUAUCCUUGCGGCCGGAGCGAUGGGAAGCGAGCAAGUGAUCGUCUUUAAACAAGGAACCUCAAUUUCUAUUUUAUAUUGUUUUACUAUACUACCACUACGUGAGCUACGAGCGGAACUACAACCAAAAAAUACCAAAUGAAAAGCCCCCCGAAAGAUACAAAGCGACACCGAAAGCACAAAACUGCGGUACACAACUUAAUGGUAUAAGGAUGUAUUUUUUUGUUGUUGUUGGGUUUGUGGUUGCUCCAUCACACUUACACUGCAUCCACUCUUCUGAUCUAAUAUGAUAACACGAUACCACGCUCGUCACAGGAUCCAACAUAUGAUGAAAGGUCAAUUAGAUGGUAACAACAAUAAUAAUGCAAAAAAAAAGAUGAAAGCGGACUGCGAUGGCCCCUUUGCCACCACCCACAAUAGAAAUGACCACAGCCGAGGGAUAGGACAGUAACGAAUCUGUUUUUUUUUUAUCCAUACCCGGACCCACAACCCUUUACACUAGCCGCCACAAAUUUAAUCAAUCGACUAAUCACCAGCAGGUACACUACGAUGGUCUGACCACACACAUAUACCACACAUCAGCAGCAUAUGGCGGCAGGCGUGCAUCAGCCGGUCAGGAUGCACCGGAGUAGAGCAAAUACAUACACGUACAAAAAAGGGAGUCUAGAGUUGGGAAGCCCGAUCCCAAAUGCGUGGGUGCAUAAAAGCCUUUCCUAUCAUCUCUGUUUUUGUUUGUCUAGACCAGUUCAGUAUUCCACGGUUUCCGGAUGGAAGGCCCCGACGGUGAGGGAGAGGGGCAAGAGAGAAACAUCAACGCGCAAAAUGGUCGUGCAAAUCAGCAAAGCAAAACCACUUGACAUGAUAACUAUUAUACCGAUUACAAGAAAAGGCAAAAAAUGAUAUUGUAUUGUACAAGAGUAUAGUAAUAAAAGUAUUUCGUAAAUGUGCUU